AUGCUUGUUAUUGGUCUUACUGGUGGCAUUGCCAGUGGAAAAUCGACUGUUUCUAAAGAGUUUGCCGAAAAUGGAAUUCCUAUUAUCGACGCUGACGUCAUUGCUCGUCAGGUCGUAGAGCCUGGCAGAAAAGCAUAUGAACAAGUUGUGGCUGCUUUUGGGGAAGAUGUGCCUGGAUUGGUCAAUCCUGCUGAUUCCUCGCUUAAUAGACCUGCUUUGGGAAAAGCUGUUUUUGGAAAACCUGAAAAACUCAAGGUUUUGAAUAAAAUCGUCCAUGGAGCAGUUAAGAAGGAAAUGGCCUGGCAGCUCGUGAAAGCUUAUACUGGAGGCCACAAGAUGGUGAUUUUAGACGUGCCGCUUUUGUUUGAAUCUGGUAUUCAUUCUGUUUGUGGUGCCACGGUCACAGUGUUCACAGAGAAGGAAGUGCAGUUGAAACGGCUCUUGGAAAGAAACCCUGAACUCACCGAAGAGGAUGCUAGAAACCGGAUAGAAAGUCAGCUUUCAAACGAUGUGAGAAACUAUAGAGCUGAUAUUGUGUUGGAUAACAACGGCAGCGUGGGCCAAUUGAAGGAGAACGUCAAGUCUGUGGUGUCUGAGCUUUCUCCAAACGUGUUUUGGCAUUAUGUUGAUUUGAUUCCACCUAUUGGCUUUGCCUCUGCUUUCUUUACCGUCGCUGUUCGUGCGUGCCGUGAUUUGUAUAAAGGCAGCAGCCCGCCAAAGAAGCAGGACUAA